UAAAAGAAUGUGAGUGACGGAGAUGACGUGAUAAAUAUUCUACGUAUUUUUGUACUUUAAAAAAAAAAUUGUCUUCUCUCUCUCUCCCUCUCCCUCUCCCUCCAUCCCGCUUCAUUAUCUCAGCCCUCAGACGUUCAGGCAUCGGAAUUUCCCGGCGAGAUUGAACUGUUUCGGGCGGGAAGCUCGACCGUUUUGAAGUAGUUAGUGGAUCGGAGGAUUUGAAAGAGUGGGGUGUUGGUUUGAUUUUAUGUUGCGGUUUCUUCUCCAGGUAUGGCUUGCUGAUGGUGAGCUUCUUUGAAUUGAAGUUGCUGAGGGUUGUAAUUUGUGGCACGGGGUUCAGGGUUUCGGCGGCGCGAAGCUAUUUUUUGUUUUUGGUUUCGUGUUACUGAGGGUUUGAGCUGGUAUUCUGCUCAAUUGGUGUUCGCGUUGGUGUACGCAAUGUGAGAGAGUUGUGCCUGGAGUUGAUUGAUGAAUUUAUUGGGUCUUUGGUUACGGUGUAUUGAAGUUUUUUGUUUGGAUGUUUUCUUACGGGUUUCAAGUGAUUGGAAUCUCGGGAGUUGGCUGCUGUGGAGUUGUUUCGCCUUUGCUUGACUUUCGGUUUUUGAAUUUUUGAUCUGUUUCCCGCGGUUCUACUGUUGGGCAUGUGGAUUGCCUUCGUUUGGAUUCAUGGCUGCAUGGGCGCGAUGAUUUUAGAUUUCUGGGGACGGAGCGAGGCGGAUUAGGGUUUUAUACCGCUAGGGUUUGCUUUCCGCCUCUGAUUUAGGGGAAGCAGGCCGUUUAAACUUGGCAAGUGCGGCUUGUGCGUUUGGGAAAGAUGGAGACCAACUUUGGAGGGGACAACCGUCAAUUCUUUGCUGCUGGUUCUUCCAAGAGAUUUGGGAAGGAAGCGCAGGAAUGGGAUUUAAAUGAUUGGAAAUGGGAUGGAGACCUAUUUAUGGCUACUCCGGUAAAUCCUGGCCCGUUGAACGGCUUGAACAAAAAUCUUUUCCCUGAUAUAGUGCUUUCAAACAGUUCGUCUAGUUGCUCGGAUGAGACUGAGUUUGGACUUGGGAAUGUGCUAGGCGAGGCAGACAAGCGGAGACGUAUUGUAGUGGCGGAGGAUGAUGAGCAAUGUGAUGAUACCGGGUCCCUUACUUUGAAGCUUGGAGCUCAUGCAUAUCCGGUCAUGGAAGAAGAUUUUAGUCUCCCAGGAAUGAAAAAUGGGAAGAGGGUCAUGAUGCAGGCUAGCAAUUCAAACCAUCCUAAAUGCCAAGUGCAGAGCUGUUGUGCCAACUUGAGUCAGAGCAAAGAUUACCACAGGCGCCAUAAGGUGUGUGAGACGCAUGCCAAGGCUAGUAGUGCAGUUGUUGGGAAUGUAAUACAGCGCUUCUGCCAGCAAUGCAGUAGAUUUCACCUCCUUCAAGAGUUUGAUGAGGGUAAGAGAAGUUGUCGUCGCCGUUUGGCCGGACAUAAUAGAAGGAGAAGGAAAACACUUUCUGGUGCUGCUACCCCUAGUGAGAGUUCUGCAGCUGGUGAUCAGUCAGCGGGCUAUCUUUUGAUAAGCUUAUUGAGAAUUCUUGCCAAUUUGAACUCUGAUAGAUCUGAACAGUCAAACGAUCAGGAGCUUUUGUCGAACUUUUUGAGGAAUAUUGUCUCUCUAGCUGGUUCAUCUGAUGGUAAAAACAGUUCUGGUCUCCUCCAAGCAUCUUCAGAUCUUCAGAAAAUUGGGACAUCUGCUGGGACAUCAGGAGAAGCUGCAAAUGCUCUAAUUUCCGGUGCUUUUCGUACAAAAGAAUUAUGUUCACCUGCCAAAACAGUUUGUGAUCCUCCUGCUUCUACUAAUCACCGCGUGUCUCCUGCGGCUGUGGUUGCUCCAAGAGAGAUACACGGUCAUCAAAACCAUAGCUUAGCCUGUUUUGACGAGACUCGGCAAGCAACAUGUUCUAAAAGAUUAGUGCCUGAAAAAAAUUGCUCGCCUGAUAAAUCACCCACUGUAGACUCAUUGCAGCACAUGCUACCUACUGCUUGUACGGUAGCCAGUGGGAGGGAAAAGGCAUUUGACUUGAAUAAUGUGUAUUAUGAAGAAGAAGACGGUGCAUUAGGAUGUGGACAAUCAGCAAAGCAAGCAACACUGGAUAGUGGUUAUGCUAAUUGUCCAUGGAUGCUACAAGAUUCUCACCAGUCAAGUCCACCUCAGGCAAGUGGUAAUACAGAUUCGACGUCUAACCGAUCACCUUCAAGCUCUAAUGGAGAAGCUCAGAGUCGUACUGAUAGAAUAGUAUUCAAACUUUUUGGGAAGGAGCCUAAUGAUUUUCCUCUUGUUUUACGGGCACAGAUCUUUGACUGGUUGUCUAAUAGCCCUACGGACAUGGAAAGCUAUAUCAGACCUGGUUGCAUCGUUCUUACAGUUUACCUUUGUCUUGAGGUGUCUAUGUGGGAUGAGUUGUGCCAUGAUCUUGGCUCUAGCUUGAAGAGGCUACUCUUUCUCUCUAAUGAUGAUUUUUGGAGAAUAGGAUGGAUUUAUGCGAGGGUGCAACACCACAUUGUCUUUAUUUACAAUGGUCAGGUUGUUUUGAACAAAUCCUUGAUCAUGGAGAGAUCUGAUUGUAACAGGAUUGUUGCUGUCACACCCAUUGCUGUUCCUCCUUCUUCAAAGGUUAACUUUAAAGUGAAAGGUUACAAUCUUGUUCGAUCGACCACAAGGUUACUAUGUUCAUUUGAAGGGAAAUAUCUAAUAAAAGAAACAGAUGAACCCACAAUCCAAUAUUCUGACUACAGCAGCAGUGGAAACAGGAAUGAACAGCUCCAAUCUCUCAGCUUCUCCUGUCACAUUCCUGACACAAAUGGCCGAGGAUUCAUUGAGAUUGAAGAUAACGUACUUAGCCCUUGUUUCUUUCCCUUCAUAGUAGCAGAAGAGGACAUUUGCGCUGAAAUACAAGUGCUGGAGAUUUCUGAAGAACUUUCGGAGAAAAAUUUGAAUUUCUUACAUGAAAUUGGUUGGCUUCUCCGUAGGAGUCAGUUAAGAUCUAGUUCAGAGUUUGAGAAUAGCUGUUCAGAAACCUCUCUUUCGCGCUUUGGACCGAUUUUGAGAUUCACAAUUGAUCAUGAUUGGUGUGCUAUUGUAAAAAAGCUCCUGGACAUAUUGUUUGAGGGAAACAUAGAAACAUAUGGGCGUUCUCCUAUUGACCUUCUAAUGUCAGAAUAUCUACUACAUUAUGCUGUACAGAGGAAUUCCAACUUAACAGUCAAGCUCCUGUUAGGAUACAAACUAGAUAAAAUUUCAGAUGGAGGCUUAAAUAAUUUAUUUAGACCAGAUGUGCGUGGCACCUCUGGUAUUACUCCACUUCAUGUUGCAGCAACGAGUAGUUUUGCGGAGAGCAUGCUGAAUAUAUUGACUGAUGAUCCAGGACAGUUUGGAGUUAAAGCAUGGACUAACGCCCGCGAUGCAACCGGUUUCACUCCCGAAGACUACGCGCGAGCCCGAGGUCACGAAUCCUACAUACUUCUGUUGCAGAAGAAGAUCAACAAAAUUACUGAAAAAUGCGACGUGGUCGUUAACAUGCCCUGUAAAUUAUCAUUGCCAUCCGAUGCAAUCUACAGACAAUCAGAAGGAUUGAAGCCCGCUAAACUACAUAGCCUCGGGAUUUACAAUACCAAAUCAAAACAAUCAGAGCCUCCAUUCUGUAAGCUCUGCGAACAGCAUCUGGCGUGCAGAAGCUCGGUCAGAGGGUCUCUGCUGUAUCGUCCAAUGCUACUAUCUAUGGUAGGAAUUGCUGCAGUCUGCGUUUGUGUAGGAUUGCUGUUCAAAGGCCCUCCUGAAGUUAUGUUUGUAUAUCCUCCCUUCAGGUGGGAGUUAUUAGAGAGUGGGUAUAUUUGAGUUUGUGUAUGGUUUCAGCACUAACUGUAACAGUUAAAAGUUCGGUUGGAUGGAUGAUUUCUGUUGAUUAAUUGCAUGAUUAUGUGACUAUAUCUAUUUAAUGUGUGUAAAGUGUUUUUGUCAUUUGAACAUUGGAAGUCUUCUUUUGUAUU